AUGGCGAAUGCGAUGCACGAUGAUCUCGAGGAAGCUGGCAGACAUUUGCAGAUGGUAGACGGGCAUUUGUCUGAAGAGUCGAUGGAACACGGGGAGAUUGCGAUGACCCAGGUACCUGUGAUGUUUGGAGAUACGGAGAUGGAGAUGGAGACGCAGAUUCCAGAGGAGGAGGAAGAUGAUGGGAUUUUGGUUUCGACGCAGGUUCAAGCGCAGAUCGAUGAGUUGGAUGAGCAGGCGCAUGUGAUGAAGAGUUUCCGGAACGUGCUGUCGAAGUUUGCAUUGGAGACGCAGCAGGGGCCUGGGCCUGGGCGCGUGCCUGAACAGGAGCUAGAACGCGAGCUAGAGCCCUCGGUCUCCGUUUCGCCCAAGAAAAGGCCGACCAAAAAGAUUGUGAAAGCGGUCAAGAAGAAAGCUGCUCCUAGGGUCCAGAAACGGAUCAAGAGCAUUACACAGUUCAAUACCGACAAGUGGGAGGAUAUUCGGGCGCAUGAUCGGGCGCAAAAGAUGAUUUCGAUGCUUUCUGGUAAAUCGGCCAAGGUCAAGAAACUUGUGAGCAAGUUGAACUGCGACGUAGCAGCGGAUGCUGGAGCCGAUCAGACAGACACUGAUUCACAGUUUGCGCCGUUUAACGAGAGCGAGUGGCAGCACAUUAUUGCGCUGCUUCGAGAAAAACUGCCGAAGGUGUCGCGCAAAGAGAUUUCGAGCGUGCAGUCGUACGUGUACGGGAAGUCGCAAGGGCUCUGGGAGGCAUCGCAAAUGUCUCCUGAGAAACAAGAACCGGAGGAGAAUCAGGAAUAUUUUGGGACGGGUCCGGAGUCUGCUGCUGCUGCUGGAAUGGUCCAGGAUGACCAUCGUCUUUCGGUGUACACCUUGUCGCAACUUGUUGAAGGGCAUAGCAGCAACAACAACAAUAACAACAGCGGUAGUGCGAACCAAAACUCCAGCGAUGACAGCAUACAACACAUUCAGAACGUUCCUGACGUCUCAUGCAUAGACGUGCCGUCUUCUGAGACCGGCUACGCGUCGCAAGUCGCGGACUCUUGCGAUACAGGUUCGAUAAUCAGCCUUGAUCGGCGGUCGCUGUGCAUGGGAUCAGAUUGGGAGGCGGAAGCGGAAUCCGAAACUGAAGCUGAGACCGAGGCCGAGAUUGCGAUGGAAAUCGACAUUGACAUUGAGAAAGAGAAAGAGAAAGAGAAAGAGAAAGAGAAGCAGAUGAGGGCCCCAUUUAGAACACAAUCAUACGAUGUGGUAUCGUCAAUUGUUUCUCCCAUGAAAAGCACCAGAAUGCCCUCCAUCCAGGUUCCUGCCACAAGAACAACCACUUUCCAAGAUCAAAACUUGGUCCAGACCCAGACUCAGACCCAACUCCAAGCCCAGAACUCCACACAGGUGCCCUCUCUGAAACACUUACACACCGUAAAACUUAUCGUGGACAGCAACACCGACGCGAACGAAAUUCUCAGCAGCGUUGGCCCCAUGUCAAACGAAAGUGACCAACCCGACAGUCUCUCCACAGUAACAACUUCCAUGCUACACAGGGAUAACGAGAUUAUUAUCGGCAGCGAGGAAGAAAAAGACAGCAACGAAUAUUCGAUUCUCGAGGUGCAAGAGGUGCCUCUGCAGGUUCCGAGCCACCCUCGCCCUCACCCUCGCCCUCGCCCUCUUUCUCUUGUUAGUUCAGCACACCCAUCACCAAAAAUUCGCUUGAAAACGCCAAUUUCUGCUACUGACUCCCUAGACUCCCAACUACAACCACCAUUAAUGACAACCCAAAACAGUUCUCCAAGUACUGCCAAACUUCGACAAUCACUAAGGACCAUUGGUUUGAAGCCCUGCAAAAAUAAAGUACAAAUGCUACAGGUAUGGGAUACUUUAGAGGCUAAAUUCCCUGGCUUAUCUGAUACAGACGGACCUGCUCAGCUAAGACAAUUUCUAACAGAUCUCAUCGUCCAAAAUCGUGACGAGUCCGCAUCACUAAUGGAGCAGAUAUACACCUUCGAACCAAUCAGAUUCGAACAAUUAAAAUCGUGGCUAGUAUCGUUAGAUUCCUUCACAGAGCUUAUAGACGACUCUUUUAUCAAAAAAUGGGCAGAUUUAAAUGGAAUAGUGUUCAGAAACAAUGCAGAAAGCCAAUCAUUGUCGCAAUCACAAACAUUGCCAUCUCAACCACUCUCACAAUUACAAUCGCCCUCACUAUCCCCAUAG